AUGAAGGCAUUUGAACUGUUAAAGGAAUCAAUCGUAAAUUGUACCAUUUCUUUGGGAUACUUCUGUGAAAAGGAUAAAACCGUUUUUUAUACGGAAGCUUCGCCUAAUGCUUUAGGGGCAGUACUCGUCCAAAUCGACAACAAGGGGUCCCCACGAAUAAUUAGUUUUGCGUCCAAGGCCCUCACCAGCACAGAGAAGAAGUAUGCCCAGAACCAGCGCGAAGCUUUGGGUGCUGUUUGGGCCGUAGAAUAUUUUUCGCAUUUUCUACUAGGACGGCAGUUUACGUUGCGUACCGAUGCCAAGGGCAUAACCUUCAUUUUAAAUAGAACCCGCGAAACAUCUAAAAGGGCACUGACUCGAGCAGAUGGUUGGGCGUUACGACUCAGUCCAUAUCGCUAUGAUGUUGAGUUCAUACGUGGCCUUGAGAACAUUGCUGAUCCUUCUUCUCGCCUAUAUUGUGGACACGAUGAGGCUUUCAACGAAGACACAAGUCCGUGGGAAAUUGCCCAUUUGGAAACAAACACUGUUGAAUUUUUGACUGAGGCGAAAAUUAGAGACGCUACUAAUCGUGAUACCACACUCCAACGGGUUAAAGAAUCACUGGAAUCGUCAGAUUGGCCUAAGUAUCUACAGAGAUAUAAAGUUGUAUCGAGUGACUUAUAUUCUAAGGAAGGUUUGCUCGUAAAGAACGGUUGUAUCGUGGUCCCCGUGGAACUUAGAUUAAAAGCUCUAGAAGUGGCUCACGCAGGGCACCCACAAACUGCAAAAUUUAAAAGCAUCCUGCGUGAACGUGUUUGGUGGCCUGGAAUUACAGGUGAUGCGGAAAAGUGGGUGAAAUCUUGUGACGCCUGUGCAGUGAAUGGUAAACCAGAGAAGCACACACCCAUGGAGCGAACACUGGUCCCUCGUACUGUCUGGGAAGUCAUUGCGAUGGACUUUAAUGGACCAUAUGCGAAGUUUGGAGGCAUAUCUAUCUUAGUAAUCAUUGAUUUACGAUCCAGGUUUGCAAUCGCACGUCCAGUCAAAUCUACGGCGUUCGAGUACACCAACAAGAUCCUGGACGACAUAUUUGCAAGGGAGGGGUUUCCGAAGUCUAUAAAAACAGACAACGGGCCUCCAUUCAAUGGGGCUGAAUAUAAGCAGUAUUGUACAGAUCGUGGUAUACAAACGAUCUUUUCGACUCCUUUCUUUCCUCAGCAAAACGGACUAGCUGAAAGCUUUAUGAAAGUCGUCAACAAAGCUAUGUCCGUGGCAGUGUCUAGUGGGAACAGUUAUGUGACGGAGCUUCAGAACGCAGUUCAUGCCUACAACGCCGGUGCUCAUUCUGUUAUAAAAGUGCCCCCGGAAGAAAUAAUGAUGGGUCGCAAAAUUAAACGGAGGCUUCCCUUGUUAGAGCAUAAGAAGUCAGCGCACGUCGAGGAAUUGCUUGAUUCGAGAGAUUAUGAAGGUAAAUUGGAAGGAAAAGCACGAGAAGAUAGACGUCGAGGGGCGAAAUGUUGUUCAGUAAAACCUGGCGAUACGGUGAUACUUGAACGACAUUCAAGGGAAAAGCGUCAAUCUCGUUUCGAUGCAAAACGGUAUACUGUGUUAACAGAGCAAAAUGGGAGCCUACUUCUUACUGACCAGGAAGGACACACUGUAAAGCGUCACGUAACUAAAACAAAAAAAAGUUCAUCAAUGGAGAAACAUGCAAAGAACAAAUGCCCAACUAAAUGCCGAAAAUCAAAAUGUAGGUGA